CCCCAGGGUCGGUCAUGCUGGAUAUGCACAAUGACAGUACCACAGAGUUUCUGCCGGUCUCUCUGUGUUCUGCCUCUCAUUUUGGCUCUGAAGAUACACACUGCACAUUCGGCGCCUGACUUUUCUCAGUACCUUCACACCAUCCUGAAGAAUCACACAGCUCAUGCUUGUGAAGGAGACACUCUCACCAUCGAGUGUCCCUCCAGGACAUCUGUAGCUGUCCUGUCAGCCUUCUAUGGACGACGUGUCCCUAAUCAGCAUUUAUGCCCCUCUGAGAAAACAAACACAACUGUGGAGGAGGACACAGAAUGCACUUCUCCCGUUGCUAUAGAGAAAGUGCUGUCGGAGUGUCAGGAUCAACGGUCCUGUCACAUCUCUGUCCUCAGUCCAGUUUUUGGGCAGGACCCCUGUCCUCUCACCAGCAAGUACCUUCUAGUCUCCUACAAAUGCCAGCCAGAGCACCACCGCACAAGACUGGUGUGUGAAAAUGAGCGUUUGAGGCUGAUGUGUAAGAAUGAGACUGUCCUUGCCAUCUACUCAGCCACGUUUGGACACCUACUGCAUGGAAGUCCCCACUGUCCUCAGGAAUCUGGAUCACAGACUGAUAUGGAGUGUUUGUCACCUUCAGCUCUGAGGAAGGUCUCACGCAGGUGUCACACCAGGCCAAACUGUUCAGUACUGGCUGAUACUGUGACUUUUGGGGACCCCUGCUUCCCUGGGACCAGGAAACACCUGCGGGUGUCCUUCACAUGUGUGCCCCGAUAUCUUCUGGAAGAUGUGGGUCGAGGAACAACAGAUCCUUUCAUGAUCUCUGACUACACACAUGGUCUGCCAGAGCGAGUGGCUCUGUACUUUGUCUCUGGGAUCUGUGCUGGUCUGGUUUUCCUGCUCUGCCUGUUUGGCCUACGCUCCACAAUAGUGAAGGAUGUGAAGGAUCUGGUUUCUGAGCUGAAAGAGGAGCUGAAAGCAUCUCACAAACAGCGCAGGGAACUCAUGGAGGACCUCUACGAUGACGACAUCUCAGACACGUCAUCUUUCCGUCGCCUCACGCAGUCCUACAGAGCAGCAGACAUCUUCAGCCCGUCCACUCUGACAGUUGAGAUGGUUGACCGUCAGCUGGAGCAGACAAGGGAUCAUCCCAAUGGAGACAUCUGGCCACAGCAGGACUCCAGCCCCUAUGCCAUUCACAAGAUUAAAACUUACAACCACUAACAGACAUCACAUGUAUUAAUAAAACUACUCAGAGCAACUUUCACUUUAAGUUGCAGACUAAAAUUAGAUAAUUGUUUUCCUUUUAAAAUAAUUUAACUGUGCUGCCUUCUUUGUGUAUUUUCACUCAAGUGACUGUGAGAGAUUAGGAGUGAAAUAUAUAAUAUAAUGUAAUAACAUAUCAUUAUUAAGAUUGUUUCUUUAAUUUAGUUCAACACAAGACAAAUUAAC